AUGAUCGCAUCUGAUCAUCAAGCCAGAGCUUUACACGGUCAAAACCGACUGCGAGAUGUGGACUACUACUUGGAAGAACGCCCCGGGUUCAGUAUUGUCAUCUUCAUCGAUUACGACUGCGAAGCUUACCACGAUAACCUCAAAAACGCAUUCACACAAAUUCCCAUACCUUCGAUGCCUGAGGAUAUAGGAAUCGACAUGAAGCCAUAUUUUCGAGUUCUCCAGCAAGAUGGACCGAUAGCAAAUGCGACUUCUGAGCGGCUACAGUUAUCGGAAAACCUUGAGGAAGCUCUGCACACGCUGCAAGACCAGAACGCAGACAUAAUGGACGAGUGGGAUUUCGACGAGGAUCUCGAUCACCCGUAUCCGAAAUUGGAUCAAUUCAAACAUGUCUUUGUCGGACCUCGUGCACAAAUACUAGAGACACAACAACAACGAGAGGAUCUCAGGGUGUUGUCUGAUUACAUAACCGAGCGUUUGGCUUUGGAUUACGGGGAGCUGGAACAGCUGUCGGAUGCGGGAUUGGCUAAUUUGCGGUAUAUGGUCGAUGCGGAAGCUUACAAGCUGAUGCAUGGCCGCGAUGAUGACCCGACAUCCCAAAGCGGACUCAGCAGUGAGGAGUUGAAGAAAGACGAACCCCCAGGUGGUGCCUUCACAUUGAUGCUGCCGGCAACAAUGAAGGGGUACGGCUUUCACAACAAGAAGUGGAGUCCGGUCAUCGAAUCUCUUAAUAUCAAAUGGAACAGCGGUGUCUUCGAUAAUCGACUAGUCCUUGAGGAAGGCAAGAAGGACCUGGUAAAAGCAUUGGUUACAGUUCACAUUGAGAAAAGCAGCGAUAUCAAGACCGAUUUCAUGGACGGAAAGGGUGAAGGGCUCAUCAUGUUGCUUCACGGCGGGCCAGGAACUGGCAAGACUCUCACAGCAGAAAGCAUCGCAGAGCUUGUUCAUCGUCCCUUGUAUAGGGUGACUUGUGGCGAUAUUGGGACAGAUGCCGAAAGCGUGGAGAAAUACCUCGAAUCGGCCCUGUUCAUCGGCAAUACCUGGGAUUGUGUCGUCCUACUGGAUGAAGCAGAUGUGUUUCUCGAGGAGAGAACAAAGAUGGAUCUUCAACGCAACGCGCUGGUCUCCGUGUUCCUGCGCGUCCUAGAGUACUACGAUGGUAUCUUGAUCUUGACGACAAACCGCAUCGGUACCUUCGAUGAAGCGUUCAAGUCUCGCAUACAGCUUGCGCUCCACUACCCGCCGCUGAACAGAGAUGGCCGUUGGGAAGUCUGGAGGAACUUUGUCAAGUCAUUGUCGGAGGCUGGUGAGAACAUCAACACCGAAGAAAUAACCAACAAGCUCGAUAUCCUCGCCCGACACAAACUGAACGGUCGCCAGAUUAGGAACACGAUCAAUACAGCUCGCCAACUGGCGCGGUACAAAAAAGACUCAUUGCGCUACGCGCACGUGGACCAGGCAGUCCGGGUUGUCAACGAGUUUGAGAAGUACGUGACCGACGUACACGGUCAUGAUGAUGAGGAAUAUGCGCGAGAUCAAGGCUUGAGAAACGAUGAUGCUUUGCAGGUAGACUGA